ACCAGCUCAAGAUGUCGCGCUCGUCCUACGACCGCACCCUCACCGUCUUCAGCCCUGAAGGCCGCCUCUACCAAGUCGAGUACGCGUUCAAGGCCAUCACGACCUCGGGCCACACGUCGCUCGCCAUCCGUGGCGCGGGCGUCUCGGUCGUCAUCACGCAGAAGAAGGUCCCCGACAAGCUCCUCGACCCGUCGUCCAUCACGCACAUCUUCAACCUGACGCCGUCGAUCGGGUGCGUCAUGACGGGGCGCACGGCCGACGCGCGGUCCCAGGUGCAGCGCGCGCAGAGCGAGGCGUCCCAGUUCCGGUACAAGUACGGGUACGACAUCACGCCCGACUUGCUCGCCAAACGCAUCGCCAACAUCAACCAGGUCUACACGCAGCGUGCGGCGAUGCGGCCACUCGGCAUCUCCAUGAUCAUCGUCGGCUUUGACCCUCAACUCGGGCCGCAGAUCUUCAAGCUCGACCCGGCGGGCUACUACGUCGGGUUCCACGCGACGAGCGCCGGCGUCAAGCACCAGGAGGCGACCAACGUGCUCGAGAAGCAGUUCAAGAAGGGCGGCGGCGGGGAGGGCGGCGGGUUCAAGUUUGAGAAGCGCGACGACGUUGUCGAGUAUGCGCUCAAGACGCUCGGACAGGUGCUCAGUACCGACUUGAAGGCGGGCGAGGUCGAGGUUGGCGUCGCCGAGGAGACAAAGGUCGAGGGACGGGGCGUGUUCCGCAAGCUCUCGACCGACGAGAUCGACGCGGCGCUGCAGCGCCUCGGCGAGCGCGACGACUGAGCCCGCUCGGUUCCUCCCUUCUUCUCUCUCUCUCUCUCUCUGUCUGUAGAUCCUCCCCCCCUCGCGUCGACGCGCUCCCCUCCCUCUCUCUCUCUCUCUCUGCAACGCCUGAACGUCGCUGUGCACACACA